UUCGAUAUCUGUAAUAAAUAGUAAGCGAUUAAAGACAACAUCGUCUUAUGUAUGCAAUGAUUUCUCCUCUGACUCCCAAGACGUGACGUAAACGUGACCUGGUUUGAUCGAAUUUUAAUAGCAGGGCAUUCCUUCGCAAUUACAAUGUUUGAGAAGGAUCUGAAGCAUAAUUAUGACAAAUUAAUUAGUUUGAAUAUGUUUUUGGUCCACAUAUACCAUUAAAUCACCCAGUUUCUACGCGGGAACCCAUCUUUAAAUGUAUAACUUCUUUUUAUGUUAAUAUAGGCUAUCUAACUUCUACAUUACUACAUGUAUAUACAGAUACACUCUAAUCCUAUUGACCUACAGUAAACUGUGUCGUACACUAAGUGUGUCAACAGACAAAGACAGGAGAUAAAACUGACGCAAUUCAAUAAUGGGUUUUGAAGACAGAGAUGGAUAUUUAUAUUGCGAAAAUGUUUGCCUUAAAGACUUACAAGAACAGUUAAAAGAUGCCGGAAUUUUUCCAGAGUCACCCGUGUUUGUAUACAGCAAGGAUCUUAUACUGAAUAAUGUGAAGGCAUACCAACAGGCAUUACAUAACCUUCCAAACGAUACGGGUUUAAACUUUUCUGUGAAAGCCAACACGAACCCACAUUUAUUACGAAUACUUCGAGAUGAAGGAUGCUCCGUUACACUUGUCAGUGGUAAUGAACUUCGUCUUGCUUUACAAGUUGGUUUUACUCCGAGUCAGAUGGUCCUGAAUGGAAAUGGAAAAUGUCGAUGGGAAACCAGGCUUGCCGUUGAGACUGGUUGUUUAAUUAAUGUGGAUAGCGAAUUCGAUUUAAAACAAACCAUAGAAGUCAGUAAGGAGUUAAAUCUAGAAGCCCGAGUGUUGUUAAGAAUUAACUUGAAUAUAGAUGCACAUGUACACCCUUAUAUAAGCACAGGAAUGGCCGGGUCCAAGUUCGGCAUUGAUGAGGAACAGUUAGACCAUGUGGUGGAUUUGAUUAAAACCGAAAACCAUAUCAAAGUAUUUGGACUUCAUUGCCAUCUAGGUUCCACUAUUCAAGACCUAACAGCCAUCAGAUUGUGUUUGAAGAAGUUGAAAACGAUGAUAAAUGAAGAUCGCCAGUUAGACUGUAUAGAUAUCAAGUAUAUUAAUAUUGGCGGUGGUCUAAAUAUAAACUAUUUGGAACAUGUUGACGAUACACGGUGUAUUGAUCACGAAGAUGGUCAGAUUUUAAAAGAAGUUGAAGCGAAGUUGAAAGAUCUGCCAUCGAAUGUUUUUAAGACUGAUCAUCAAAAAUACAAAAAUAAACAAAUAAAUCGCAGAGACUGGAUAAAGAAACUAAGAGAACAUGAUAUGUUGCCCGAUUGCAUACUAGAGAACACAACACCAUCUAUAAAAGAUCUGAUUAGUACGGUAGAAGAGACUGGAUUUCAUCAUUCAGUAAAGAUCAUAGUUGAACCAGGACGAUCUAUAAUUGGUAAUACAGCUGUUUUAUUAUCAUCCGUAUUAGGCUGUAAAACAAGUGGUAAUAUAAGGUUUAUAGUUACCACAGGAUCUAUGACAGAAGUUUUGCGUCCUAGUUUAUAUGAUGCUUAUCACCAUAUAGAUUUCACCGAGCCAGUAGAAGAUUCAGCAAGUCAUCUGUAUAAUGUAGUUGGUCCGGUUUGUGAAUCAACCGACUUUUUAGGAAAAGAUAGAUUUUUAAAGACUCCACACGAGGGCUGUGGAAUAGCUGUGUGGGAUGUUGGUGCUUAUUGUAGUAGUAUGUCUUCAAAUUAUAAUUGUAGAGCCAGACCGGCAGAAAUAUUAGUGGAUGGUUCAUCAUGGAAGAUAAUUCGCAAACCUGAUUCUUAUGAAGAAAUGAUGUCUGCCUACGAAUAUCAACAAUAAUUCUAUUCUUUGAUUGUUUAUAAAAUUGGCUGUAUCAGUUGUUUUACUAUGUACAAGAAUAAAUGUCAAAUAUACCAA